ACGCAUCCAUGGUGUCAUCAUCGUUGUGGUUAGCAAAAACGAGCCAAUAUUCAACAAAAGUCCGCCAUGUUAAACAUGAGCUUGUUGAAUUUACGUUGCUAUAUAAAUUUAUUUACAAUUAAUCACCUCAAUGUUUUAGUGAUAAAUAAUUGAAAUAUAUAAAAAAAAAAUUUAUAAAUUGUUUAAAGUGAUUGUUUAAAGGAAUGUUUCGUGUACCAAAAAUAACAAUGCCUGCAGCAACUUCAACUACUCAGUGUCAUCAUCGUCAAAAAAAUCAAACAUGCACAUUUACAAACUAUGAAUGUUCACAAAAAUGUUUAGAUGGUUAUGCAUAUUGUAAAAAUCAUAUUCUUCAAGAUCCAAAUGCACCAUAUAAACAAUGUACACUUGUUUAUACAAAUGGACGUAAAUGUACAAAUCCAAAAUUGGAUCGUAAAGACAUUGUCUAUUGUCCUGAACAUACAAAAAAAUCACAAUUAGCAAAAAGUAAAUCAUUAUUACGUAAUACACUACCUCCAUCACCUGAAAUAAUGUUAUUAAAUUUGAGUCAUUACUCAAAACCAGAUAAUGAACAAGAUGAUGAAAAUAAAAUAUUAGAUCCAUUUAAUGAUAUUGAUGCAUCAAAAAUAAAUUCAAGUUGCUGUAAUAUUCUUGAUUAUGCCAGUUCAUCUGACAGUGAUGUAGAGCCAACAAUGGUCAAUGAAGCCUUGAAAGGAGCAUAUCUUGAUGACAGUGACAAUGAGAGUGUCAACAGCCCACAAGAUGAUCCAUUAAAGCAUGCCGGUAUAUUCACAGCUGAAGAAGUUAUUUACAUUGCACGUGAAAAAUUAAUAAAACUACAAACACUUUAUAUUGAGCAAUUUAGAAGACUACAAUAUACAUUACGUGAAAAAAGACGUAAAUAUUUACAAGCUAUUAAAAAAGAAAAAGAAACAUACUGCAGCAUUCAUGAUCAACCAAAGGAAAGUGCCAAGGAAAAAAAGGUAUAUAAUAAACUCAAGGCAUUACAUAGAUAUCAUCGUAGAAAUGGCAUCGAAGCAAUACUAUACAGGAAAUCAUUGGAAAGACGUGCUAAAAUAACUGAGGGUGUAUCACAAAAAUUACCAUCAAUACCAAAAUGUAUAUUCACUGAGGGAGGUGUUAAAUGUGGUGAACGAACAUUACCAUCAGCAAAACAUUGUAGAAAACAUAUUUUAACAGAUGAUAAACAAGUUUUAUUUAAAGCUUGUGGAGCAGUACGAGCUGAUAUCGAGUGUCAUGAACCAGUACCAGUUAUUUUUCAUUCAAAUUGUGUUUACCAUAUGGAUUUGCCAACAGCAUGCAAAUUAGAACCUAUGAAGUUUACAGAGGACACAGAGGAUACAGAGGAAAAACCAAAAGAACCAACAGACUCAUUGUCUGAUGUGCAGUCAGUUGAAAUUGAUGUCGUUGGUGAAACACAAGAGAUUGAUCCGGAUGAUGAUGUGGCAGGUCUUAUGAGAGAGAUGAAUGAUUCAGUCAACAGCAAACAACCCUUGUUUAGUGAAAGUGUCAAUAGUGAAAAUAGUACUGAUACUGCAUUUAGUUUAACAACACAAUUAAGUGAUAAAGAUGAUUUAGUCUCGACAUCAUCGUAAAAUUAAAAAAAAAAAAAAGAAUUUUAGUUGAAAAAAAAAAAAAAAAAAGUAAAUAAUUAUUAAUUAAUGCAAAAAAAGAAAAAAAAAAAAAAAAAACUUCACUUGUUAUCUAAUUUAAUUUUUUAUUAUUGUUUGUUUUUUUUUUUUUUUUUUCUUUUGAUUUAGGUUUUUUUUUAUUUAUAUUCAUUGUUCUAUAGAUUUAUUAUUAAACUAGAUUUUAAUUAUUAACUUAUAAUAGAUAUAUAAUAUAGCUAAUAAUACGCUAUCGAUUAGAAAAAGAAAUUUUUUUUUUUUUGAAAACUUAUUUAGUUUUUUAUUCAUACAAAAAAAAAAAAAAGAAAAAUAAAAAAGUAUAAUUUCAUGAAUAAAAUAUUUUUUAAAAAUAAUAAAAUAAUAAUUAAU